CAAUUUAUAGUAUAUUUUUACUGUACCAGUAUUUACUGUAUGUAUUAGUAUUUCAAACUGUAAAAAAUUUAAAUGUGAACUAGAAAUUAAUGAAUUUAAGCAUUUAUCAUAUCUAAAACUAUUUAUCACUAUAUUUAAGAUACACAAUCAAAUGAUAUUGAUUUUCAUUAAAUCAUUGCUCCAUACAAAAUAAUCACAGUUCGAUGAGAAAUGCCAAUAUAUUUUAAUUAAAAACCAAGUUUUUUAUAUUUAUUACUUUAGAAAGAAAUAAUUAAUGAUAAUCAACAUAGCUACAACGUGAUGAACUAGUGUUGUUAUAGUUAGAAUGACAAUAGAUCCUGCAACAUAUGUUUGCAUAUUGUUAACGGCUUAUGAUAUAAAUGAUAUCAUAAAAAAAUAUAAAUCUUAUAAUAUCUUUGGUUGAGAUUUCCGUGAACAAUUUCAAUUGAGAUGCUUCCUACGACGCCAUAAAGUUUAAUUUAUCGGAUUUAAUAUUAACAGAUAUGUUCGAUCCAUACCACAUAAUAUAAAGUUUACUAUUAUAUGUAAAUCCCUUACAGUGUUAUAAUUAAACAGUAAUAUCGAUUAUUUAUCUAUAAUUGCAGUUAUUGUUACGUCGAUUGAGUAACUUAGUGGUCAAGAUACCCAAAUUUCUAUAUCGUGCGAUAGUUAACUUAAUAAAGUGCAUUCGUGUUUAUUCAGAAUAUCAUUUUUGUUUUUUCACAUUAACAAAUUUAAUUCCUCAAAAGACAAUUUAAAUUUAAAUGCAGUUUCUGUAUAAUAAAACAUAUGCAUCCUUAUAUUGCCACAUGUAGGCUGUAUUAAUUUAUUUACGUCACCCAUUAAAGACGGAAAACAGGAAAAGGAACACCGCUAACCCAGUGGCCAACUGCCGAGACGACUUCGAACGAUUACACCCGACUCAACCUCCAUUCCGUACCGGUAUCGGCGCGCCACCACUCGCAAACAGAUAGUUAACUGACUCUCAUUACUGCGUACGGCCAUUAACGACCGACCUCAUGACGCGUGAGCGAUGAGGUCCCGCCGCCCAUCGCCCCGUAGUGCCGCGCUUCAUUAUUUUACAAUGCGGAAAGCGCAGGACACGACGCGCAUCCUAAUCAGCGAAGAGAGUUUCGGCGACACGUGAAUACAAAGUCAUCGUAUAUUGUUCCGGUCGAAGAAAUCAUAGACGUCGAAUGAGCCGAGGACAAACGUGACGUCGCCUCGUACGUACGUAACUCUUCAGUGUCGAUCCUCGAAAAGAAAUUUUAACGCGGAUGAUACGAGGACGCGUUUAGUGGAAUACAGUUUGUUAUGCACCACGUUUAUCGGAAUUUCGCGAAAUUUUGGCAACUGAACAAAAAAAAAAAACAAGUGUCGUGUUGUCCACCCGCUAUCAGCAGGUACCGAUCUGUGCAUCUUCAGACGAUCGCUCGCAAAGGACAUACGUGAUAGUGUUCGGUAUAUUAAUAAGGACACUGCUUUGUGUGUUCGAAUGAUAAUUCCUAGAAGUUGUGAUAAACAUUGAGGUUUAAGAUGGAUACAUCAAUACCUCGCGUGAUAUUAGGCAUAGCAUUAGCAGCUCUGUUGCCAAUUGCAUCACCAAAAGACGAAUUGGCAAAAGAGAACAUACCACAUUCAAGACAAAAAAGGAUACUUUGGAUAACGAAUGAUGGACGUCUGGCUUUACCACCAGGAACAACAAUGGCGAUCACACCAUCACUCUCGAUGCCAUUUGUCCGACACCCACCAAAAGGAUUCCUUUCAAAUAUGACCAUCAGCUUCCCAUUCUCAAUCGACUUCGACAAGCUAGGAUUGACCGACAAUGAGAAUCCUUACGGCGAUUUUCCUCCAAUAUUGGCCCGCUCUAUGAGUGGGGCCGCUUUAAACAUGGUGACAGAUUAUGUUACUCGAUACUUAGAAAGAAGGAGGGGAAAACGAUCGGUUCAUGAUUCUGUUACGCCUGAGAUCGAAAGAGCAGUUUUGGAUCGACUGCAUGGCGGUGAAAGAGCCAUAAUGUACGGUAUAGCAGAAGACAUGUUAUCCAAUUUCGGACUCUCGGGGAAGGAAUGCUUGCUUCGUGCCAUUUGUGAGAUACAAUCACAUCCCCUUACAAAUUUCGGUUUCCUUGGGGAAAUAAUGAAGCUGUUCUUCACGCCCAGCAAAUCUCCAUACUCUGAUCUCCUGCCCGAAUAUUUAGAAGCGCAAAAGGCCGGAGAAUCCGGCGGCGAAUGUUGGCCCUACUACAGGCUGUGUCCCAAGAGUAUUUUCCAAUCUUCGACGAAUAAGUACACGCAAGAAGCUGAAAACAUUCACAAACGACAAGAACACGACAAUAUUGAAGAAAAUAAAAUAGAAGAAAUUCAAGCAAUGUAACAUAUGAUACAGAUUCACAAACGAAAUACGCCGACAGAAAAGUUCUACAAAGCUAAAAUGAUCCAAAAGAUAGUGGUAGUUUUCGACCAAAGCUCUAUAUAAAUUAGUGUUUGAUCUUUAUUUUCAUUUAUUUAUUAUACUAGUGGAAUUUUCCCAAAAUAAAUUUAUUUUAACGUAAUUACAUGCAUUUGAAAAUGUUUUAUGAUUAAGAGUUUAUUUAUAACUAAGUGCCAUUCUAUAAAAGAAAUACUUUAUCUAUGUAUAUGUAAUAUUGCAAGUAUAUACAAAGUUGUGAAGUCUUAUAUUUUAAUUGUGUCUUAUUAUAGCUUACUUAAUGUUGCUUUUCCUAUAUUUAUAUUUUUAAUCGUUAAAUUUUGUAUAUUUUCAAAGCGAUCGUCCUAAAUAAAUAACAUAGUGAAUACAAAUUUAAUUAUUUUAAAGUGGUAAUAAAUACUGGCUAAGUGAAA